CAUCAAUAUCCAAUAUGCGGCCUUUCAUCGUGACCAGCAUUAUCGCCUCCCUCGCGGCCUUUACAAGUGCCACUUCUCUCGAGGAGCGUCAAAUCACCUCCGUCACUCUUUUCUUCUACACCACCGACGGUGGCAAGUUCCAGCAGACAUUUCCAACAGAUAUGUCGUCGCAUAAGAUUGAUAACCCGGCUACUGUUUCCCAUGUCUACAACCCCGGCGGUGCAUACUGUAGCGUUCAUGGAACCAAGGGCGAGACUUUAGCUGUGCCUAUUAAUGAUCAUAAGUUCAAGGAGCCGCAGCCAGUGGAUUCAGCAUUCUGUGCCCGUCUGUAAAAUUCUGCUGUCAGGAUGCGUUUCUG